ACCUUUUUUUUUUUUUUUUUAAAGGAAAUGGAUGAUAUUGUUGUUAGAUUACGCGAACUUGUCGAUACGCGACUUGAAGAUGCAGCUCGAAUGCAAGCUCAAGCUAUUUCAAUUUUAGAUGAAACCGAUCGUAUUAUUGCAACAACUUCUACAAAUUCUCAUACAACAAAAAAAUUUUAUCAUAAUUCAUUGAAACGUACUCGUAUUUAUAAUAAAAUUAUUCCUGAAAAAUCGGUUUCUAUUCAAAUUUUUUUCUUGCAAUUUUUUUUAUCAAUGGUUGGUUUUACUGUUGGUGUUGGAAACACAAUUAAAUUUCCUUCUCUUGCUUAUCAGCAUGGUGGAGGUAUUUAUCUCAUUCCAUAUUUUGCUUGCUUAUUUUUCUUUGGUUUACCUAUGGUAUUUUUGCAUCUCUGCAUUGGUCAAUAUUCAGGAUUGUCAGCAAAUGGAGCUUUUUCAAAAAUUAUGCCAGCUGCUUCUGGAAUCGGCUGGGCUUUAAUAAUAUUUGCGUUACCAGUUUGCACUUAUUAUAAUAUUAUCGUUGCUUGGUCAAUCUAUUAUUUUUGGUUCUCAUUUAGAGGAUUUUUCACAGGUGGUUUACCAUGGAGUCAAUGCCAUCCAGAAUGGCCUAAGAGUACGCCAUGUUGUUUACUUGAUGGUCCAUCGGAUUGCUUUUUACAACCUCACGCUAUUUCAUCGCCUGAGGCAUACUUUCAUCUUGGCCCGAUUCAAGAACAUUUAGCUCUUGCAUUAGCGAUUGCGUGGAUUUUGGUUUUUUUUGGUGUUUUUAAGGGAAUCGGUUCAAUGGGUUGGGCAGUUACAAUUACAGCAACAUUACCAUAUCUCUUGUUAGGUAUUUUACUUCUUCGAGGUUUCUCAUUGCCUGGUGCAAAAAAAGGAUUAUUGCUACUUUUUAAACCAAAAUUUGAGAAAUUAUGGUCAUUACCGGUUCCAGCAGCGGAACAAGUAUUCUAUUCACUUGGUAUCGACGCUGGACCAUUAAUUUCGAUGGCAAGUUUUAGUAGAUAUCGAAAUAAUAUUUAUCGAGAUGCGGUCGCUGUUGUUCUUAUUAAUACAUUUACAAGUAUUCUGGCCGGAAUGGUAAUCUUUUCAUUUAUUGGUUUUUUGGCACAAAGUCAAAAUCUACAAAUUAACGAUAUUUUACAACACGAUUCGUUAUAUAUAGCAUUUACGGUUUAUCCGGGUAUUACAUCAUUUAUGGAUCUAAUGGGCCCAGUUUGGGCUGCGCUUUUCUUUGCUAUGUUAACGUUAUCAGCACUUGACGCCGAAUUCGCAUGGUAUUUGAUAGAAAUGAUAGUUUCGUCAAUUAUGAAACAAAUUGGUACAAUAAAUCAACAAUUUGAGACGAGAUUUGUUGCUGGCAUUUGUAUCAUUUGUUUAUUAUGUGGUCUACCAUUAACGACUCGGGGUGGUAUAUUUAUAUUUCAUGCCAUUGAAAAUCUUAAUGCCAAUUGGAAUGCAUUCACAUUAACACUUUUACAACUUUUUGUUAUAUGUUACCUUUAUGGCGUGGAUAAUUUUAUUAAAGAUAUCGGUGAAAUGCUUCGUAAGCCAACAACUUUAAUUGAACAAUUGAAAUCGAAAAAUUUAAGCGAAAAACAAGCUAAACUUUGGCAAAAAAUAAAAUUUUUUUUUGGUCCUACAGGUGGAUAUGUUCGAUGGACGUGGUCAUUAACAAGUCCAUGCAUACUUUUAUUCUUACUGAUUGCAUCAAUAUUAAGCUAUGAACGUGUUACAUUGGAAAAUAGACCGUUACCUAUAUAUUAUGAACUGAUUGCAUGGAUAACAAUGAUUGGACCACUUAUUACUGUACCUAUUGUUACUUUACAUACGAUUUAUUCAACGUGGAAAAAAAAACUUCCUUUGAAAACUUUAAUCGACACUAGUAAAUGGCGAAACAAAAAAAGCGCAGAUAAUUUAUCAAAAGUCCAAUAUGUCGAAAAUGAUGAUCCUUAUUAUUGGGUUUGUCCACUUUUUUUUUUACUAUUUGAUUUUUUUUAA